UUGUAGUCGACGUCGUCGAUCAGAGCCCUUGCAACGGCCUGGCUCAUCAUCCCGUCGCAACCCUUCAGGUUUCCCUCGACGUCGGCUCUCAUUUUUUCGAGGUUUUGGUCUUGGUACUGAUCAAACUCGUCCGCCAGGAUCUGUGUUGCGUCGGCCUCGUCGCCCGAAUCGUCGCCGCCAAUCAGAAUGCCCUCCGAGACGAGCGAGGGAUUCGAGCGGAGUGAUCCAUUUGGCGAAAGUAUUACGCCGGCACCCGACAACCCAGUUGGAGUUUUUGGUUGCUUCGCAAAGGAGGACCCGUAUGCCUUCGAAUCCGAAUUUCUAAACUGCAAGUUUGAACCAGCAUUGGCAGUGGUAGUCCACCUUCCAUCCGAAUCCAGCUCGGACAAUCUCAUGGCAUUGGUUUGGUAGUCGAGCUUCGCCGAUUCUUCCCUCUGGAGACUGAUUUGUCUCUUUCUGUACCAGAAAAACACACCAACCAAAAGAAUUCCCACUGCAACAAUGACGGAGGCAGAAAUCGCAAUCAGACUGGUUGUUUCGACACCACCGGGAUCUUCGUUCUCUCCUGUGGGACUUAAGCUGGGUAAUGGAACCGGGGACGGCUGAUGACUCACUGUUGGAAAUAAAGAUGGUGCAAUGCUUGGAGAAGAUGAUAUCGGCAUCGAUGGUGCCUGUGUGUUGACCACUAUCCGCUGCGCUUUCUCCACCUUGGUCACAUUGAGUUUCAGUGCUUGCAUUUGUAUUAGAAUUUCGUCCAGGUGGUCAUUGGUCCAAAUCUGGAAUUCUUUCGGAUAUUGCGUCACAUUGAAAUAUCGGCUUUCGUAUUGCAUUGUAAAGUCCACCACCACAGUAACAUCGUUGUUUUCAACAUCGAGAGCAUCUUCUACGCGUCGUCUCCUCCGUCGACGCAAAAGCAAAGCUUCGCUCUCGUUAACAUUAGAAUGGUAUGACAGCCACCUUUCGCCCUCUGUAGAUUCUUCACUUGGGGUGUAUAUUUUUUGCCUAUCUACGGUGCACACUGUCAUUAUUUUACCCAACUCUGUCUCCGGGACGGGGGCAAAUUCACGUGUUUGGAGUCUGUAAAUUGUUUCUAUGAUAUUUUGCUCGUCGUCCGUAAAUACUCUUCCGUUUCCCACCUGGAUAUUUUGACGAAAUUUGUUCUCCUUAAAACUGGGUUCUAGCCACGAGGGUUGCCCUGUUGGCGCAGCUGAGGGUUGGGCGGUAGGGCUGUCGGAUAUAGUCGGUUCAAAUGACUUCGAUGGCAGUGAGCUUGGUUGAGAAGAAAAGCUUGGGAGCACAGAUGGAGUACCCGUCGGAAAGUUAGUGGGCAGAACGGUAGGCCCAGGUAUUGAAGUGGGAAAGGGAGAGGGAGGUGCAGGAAUUGGAGGCAUAGGAAUUGGAGGCGUGACGGCAUUCGUCGGAAUCGGGGGACUCAACGGAGGUUGUGUCGGUAAAGCCGAAUCAACCGGCGAUGCAACAUUACUUGAUUGUACAGGAGGAGGCGUGUUUGGUGUGCUCGGUGUGUUGGCUUGUGUUUGCGCUUGUCCGAUAGGCACCGAACCCACAAAAAGAAAAAUAAUUGCAACGUGGAGACACAAUGCAUCUGGGGAUUGGAAUAACGUUGAAGCAGACAAUGCAUUCGUCGCAUUCAUUCGUCUUCCACGGUGCAACGAUCUUCCGCCCUUGUUUCUCUCCAUCAUUGCAGUUGUGGCAACGGCUCAAUCCGACGCGGGAGGAUGUGAAAAGUGACACCGUAAAAAAGGCUCCAAAAAGUAGCAAUCAACGGAUUGUAAUUUA